CUAGGGAGCAAGCGGAUGGGUCCCUGCAGCCGCAGGAGGCCGGAACCCAAAUUCCAGGGUUGCAGUUUCCGGCGGGAGGUCUCCUCCGGCUCUCCCGGAAGCGACUUCCGCUACCCGGGUAACGGACCGGGGCGUCCUCUUGGUGCCUGUGGGAUGGAGCUGGAGGACGCGAAAGAGUUAAAAGAACGCUGCGCUCAGUGUGCUGCUGUCUCUUGGGGUCUCACUGAUGAAGGCAAAUAUUACUGUACUUCCUGCCACAAUGUUACAGAAAGAUCUAAGGAAGUUACCAACACUGAUGUUAUUCCUAACACCAAGAUAAAAUCCAUCAGCAGGGGCCUCAAAAGGAGAAGCAAGUUGGAGAAAGGCUGGGAUUGGUACGUGUGCGAAGGCUUUCAGCAUAUACUGUGUCAACAAGCAGAAGCCCUGAAGGCCCUCGGAGUGACCCCAGAAUUAAAGGAUGAAGUGUUACACAAUUUUUGGAAGCGUUACCUGCAGAAGAGUAAGCAGGCAUAUUGUGCAAACCCAGUCUACAGCAGAAGGAAGACUGAGAUGUUGGAAGGAAACGUCUGUCAUUCAGAUGGGGUGAGUGGGCCCGAGCUGCUCAGCGACAUAAACUGGACAUCUGGCCUCGACAGUGGAGCAGAGUCACAAUCCGACGCCCCAGGGCCAAAGCCCUUUGCUGCCCUGAGAACACCGCACUCAGAAGCAGCCUCUGUCUGUUCCGGGUCCCUGGAUGGCGUGGAGUACUCGGAGCGGAAGGAGAAAGGUGUCGUGAAGAUGACGGUACCCAGGACACUCGCCCUCUGCUACUUGUCCUUACUGUGGCAGAGAGAAGCAGUGACUCUCUCAGAUCUGCUGAGAUUUGUCGAAGAGGAUCAUAUUCCUUACAUAAAGGCUUUUCAGAAUUUCCCAGAAGAGAUGAAAUUGUAUGGACGUGACAAAGGAAUCUUUGCUAUAGAGUCUUGGCCGGACUAUGAGGAAAUCUAUAAACACACUGUUGAAAUCGCCACGUUCUUAGAUUUGCCCCGUUUUCCGGACAUCACUAAGGACUGCUUCCUGCACCCCAACAUCCUGUGUGUGAAAUACCUGAUGGAAGCCAACCUCCCUGAUGAAAUGCACGGAUUAAUCCACCAGGUGACAGAGAUGACCGGCUGGGGAGAGGUGGACUCCCUGACCUUUGACCCCAUCGCGAAAGCUGCCACAACUGUGAAGUAUGACGUGCUGGCUGUGGCUCUCAUCGUGGUGGUCUUAAAGCUGCUCUUCCUACUGGACGACAGCGUAGAGUGGUCUUUGUCUGAUCUCGCUGAAGUCAACAAUGAAAAGAACAAAACAGGGAAGCCAUGGUUCAGUUUCAGGAAGUGGUACCACGUCAUGAAGAGGACACUGGAGGAGCAGAGGCGGAAGUGGGAGGACGCACGCGCCAAGUACAUGUGGAAGAGCGAAAAGCCACUCUACCACUCCCACAUUGACAAGCCCGUGGCCUACAAGAGGAGGGAAGUGGUGGUUAAUCUGCAGAAGCAGUUCAGCACCCUGCUGGAUCCAGCCCCAACCGUGACGAAGAAAAGCGCUGCGAGUUUCCAGCUCAGCUGGGCCGAAGGCGACCCCGGCCGGCCCUGUUUCCACAGCCACAGUCUUGGGGGUGUCCUGCUAAAAAAAGGCCAGGCACUGGUGACCAAGAACUCCUUAUACUGGCUGAGCACCCAGAAAUUCUGCAGAAGCUACUGCAAACACGUGACCACCUACGAAGAGUCCAAUUUCUCCCUGAGCUAUCAGUUUCUACUAAACCUCUUCGCCUUCCUGCUGCGAGUAAAGGCUGCCCUCCUCCACGACGAAGUGAGCCUAAUUGAAAAAAAGCUUUUUAAAAAGAAAUACAAUGAAGCCAAAAAGAACCCAAGAUCCAGGAAAGGAAGAAGAUAGUGGACCAACGAAAA